CCCUCAGCCCCUUUCAUGGAGGAGCCUUUAGCCCCGCCCUCUCCUCCACCCGCGACUAGAGAGCUGGACCAGUACCCUCAUCCUGUGGCGGACGGCCCCGGGGUGGCCGCUCUAUCAUCAACCUGGGCGCCGCCGGAAGCCGCUCUCCGUGGCCGCAGACGGGCCACUCUGCCCAGCGGGAGGUUUCUCACUGCUCAGGCUCGGUCUCCGGCCGGCCGGCGCUGUUGGGGGCGCCGGUUGCCCCGCGCCCGUGGGAUGGGGCGCAGCCGGAGGGGGCGGCACGCGGCGCGGGACCAGGCGAUUCAGGGCACUAACGACAGCAGUAUCGUCAGUAAAUGCUCCACUGCGGCUCUUGGCUACAUCCAGGAUGGCUUCCUACAGUACUUCGUUACCAAGAGAUGCAGACGAGCGCCGCUGAUUCAUUGGGGUUACUAUGUCCGGGCCCGAGCUGUGGAUCAUUGUGUGCGAGAAUUUCUGCUACAGAGUCAAGGCCACCCCAGGAGACAGAUCCUUUCUUUCGGUGCAGGCUUUGACUCCCUGUAUUUCCGCCUAAAGGCUGUGGGUCUUCUGAGUUGCACUGUGGUGUAUGAGGUAGAUUUCCCAAGUGUGGCAAGCCGGAAAGCUGCUCUGAUCAAGGGUACGGAGGACUUGGCCAUGGUCGUGGGAGGAGUUGGAGGGAGAGAAUCAGGAGCCAUGAGCUUUUCUGUGGAGGAUUAUAAAUUGCUGGGAGUGGAUUUAUCUGAGCUGUCUAAGCUGGAGCAAGCCCUAAAGGAGGCAGGCCUGGACCCUGACAUUCCCACCAUGCUUUUAGCAGAAGUGGUGCUCACUUACAUGGAGAUCAGCAGGUCGGAUGCUUUGAUCCAGUGGGCAGCUCAGCACUUCUCCUGUGCGCAGUUUGUGGUCUAUGAGCAGAUGCACCCUGAGGACCCCUUUGGUCACAUCAUGCGGCAGCACUUCAGCCGGCUAAACUCUGUGCUGCAUACCCUGGCCCAGUAUCCCGAUUGUGAGGCGCAGAGGAGACGCUUUCUCCAGCGGGGAUGGGCCGAGUGCAGCAUCAUUGAUAUGAAUGAGUUCUAUGCCGGCUUUAUCCCCGAAGAUGAGCGACGGAGAGUGCAGGCUCUGGAGCCCUUUGAUGAAUAUGAGGAAUGGCACCUGAAAUGUUCACAUUACUUUAUCCUGGCUGCAUCGAAGGGGGAAGAGCUUUCCUGGACUCCUCUGUUCUCCAAGAUGCCAGUUUUCUCUGCUGAUGACCCUCCCAGAGUUGCUGGUAGCAUCUCUGCAUCUGUGUACACAAUAGAUUCUGAAAUUGCUGGUCUGAGGCGGUAUGGCCACCACUCUGUACUUAUCAAACCACAUGUGGUCCUCACUACUGGAGGCUUCGGGGAGCAGGAUGGACGACACUGCCGCCUAAGAGAUUUCCAUGUCCUAAUCAGAAACGAAGACAACUGGCGAGUUGGAAGCGUGAGAAUGGAAAAGCCUGGUAACACCUGGGGUGGACGGUUGUUCCAUACUGUGACGUGUGUUUCUGGAAGCCAGGCCCUGGCAGUGGGAGGGCGAAUGUCCCCAAUGAAGGCAGAUUUGGGGAUCCUUUGGCUAAAGUUUCCUGAAUCCAUGACUGCCUCAGACCCAGAUUGUGUUGUGGUGGAACUUGUGUGCCCACAGUCUACUGAGGACCUAGCCUCAUCGCGCUGGAGACAUACUACAACCGAAGUGAUGUGCCAAGGCCAGAAGUACUUGUUUAUCUAUGGGGGCCGCUCUGCUGUGCAGCCUGUCCUGGGAGACUGGUAUUUCCUGCAUUUGGAAGAGUUCUCCUGCAGAAGGUUAUUUUCCUAUAGAAAAGUUGAUUCUCGUUAUUGGUAAGCAUUAAACCUUGUUAUUUGCAACUGAAUGUAGCAUUUACCUUAAAAUUUAGUGCUUCUCUGCUAACCAGGAGGAUACACUACACCUGUACACAUUUAUUUAAGCAAUUAUAUAACUUUACAUGUAUUCAGGCUCUUCUUUUUGACAUUAUUUUAUGUUAGAAAAUAGUGAAUGACACAUUUCUUAUUUACUAUAUGAUUUCUGUCAACCUGCAAUUGGAAUUCAAUUAAAAAUGCACAAAAAGAGACUUUCUAAUUUUUUUUUUAUUAGUUGAAUAUGCUGGAUCCAUAAGGGAAAAAAGUGGGUUUAUCAAAAUGUCUUGCAUUUAAAACUAACUGAUGUAUUAAAUAAGGGAAAUAUUAUCUGUAGUUAAUGCAUUUUGUAGGCCUUGCUGGAGCCCUAGGCAUGUAUAACAGUGUGAACCAAAGGCUGUGAACCAGAGUAAGCCAGGCCUUGGCAAAAUAACACCACACUAGGUUACAGCUAACACCAAGUAAACUAAUUCCUCACUAGAGAGGGUGGUACAAAAACACACAGAUGUCUCAAAUAACUUCAUAAAUACAUUUUUAAGAGAUGGCACAGGAACACACCCAACCCCUCAUAAGAUAAGGAGGGGGUGACAGGAUCAUGGAUAAGGAUGUUUUGUUCAAACUAGCAGGUAACUAACAACAUCUGGAGUGUGAUAUGUAAUGUGUUUUUAUCCGAGUAUAGAAGGAAAAGUCAUAGGAGGGACAACUUUGUAUUUGCUGAGGGAACAGCAUCCUGAUGUGCUGACUGAGUAGGUACCUUGUUGCGAGCAUACAUGUGUUAGAAUCGUAGCAUUAGAAGGGACUGCAAGGGUCGUCUAGUUUAACCCCCUGCCCACAUGCAGGAUUUGUUGUGCCUAAACCAUCCAAGACCGAUCCAGCCUCCUUUUGCAAACCUUCUGAAGGAGCUUCCAUAACCUUCCCAGGCAGUCUGUUCCAUUGUCCUACUGUUCUUACAGUUAGGAAGUUUUUCCUGAGG